GUGUCGGCGGGGCCUGAGGGUGGGCGGCAGGUGCCGCCGGCGCAGCCUCCGCCGGACUCUGGGUGGCCUCGUCCCGCUGCGGUGAUGAGCCGGACUCCGCCGGGGGCUGCACCUGCCGGCUGCCCAUCACCCGGGGCUCCCCGGCGUGACCUCGGCCUUCUCGGGUGCCCGGGCCCGGCGGCGCCGCGCGGCCCCUGAGCGGCGAGCCGGAGCGGCCUCCUCGGUUCCCGAGUCCUCGCUCGCUCGGGGGGCCGCGCGGGGAGAGCGCUCGGGCCCCCUCCCCUCCCCUCCGCCGUCCGCUGUCCUCAAUGUCUCCCCGGCGGGGAGGGGGCUGCCUGGGAGACUCGCUGAGCAGCCCCCCGCCGAGGCCCGGCGCCCCGCGAACUCGGCCGGCGGCGGCGGCGGCCUGGAGGAGCCGCGCACCCGCCGCCGCCCCCGGAGCCGCACAGCCGCCGCCGCCGCCGCCGCCGCCGGACGCCCGAGGAGAGGGCGGCGGGCGCCCCCCGGGGAAGAUGAAGGCGGAGGGGGGCGACCACUCCAUGAUCAACCUGUCGGUGCAGCAGGUUCUGAGCCUCUGGGCCCACGGGACGGUGCUGAAGAACCUGACGGAGAUGUGGUACUGGAUCUUUCUCUGGGCUCUCUUCUCCUCUUUGUUUGUCCAUGGUGCUGCUGGAGUGUUGAUGUUCGUGAUGCUACAAAGGCAUAGGCAGGGAAGAGUAAUCUCUGUCAUUGCCAUCAGCAUCGGAUUUCUGGCUUCUGUAACUGGAGCAAUGAUAACUAGUGCAGCAGUCGCAGGCAUUUACAGAGUAGCCGGGAAGAACAUGGCCCCGUUAGAAGCUCUGGUGUGGGGAGUUGGACAGACUGUACUGACAUUAAUCAUCUCCUUUUCAAGGAUCCUUGCUACACUUUGAGGCUUCUGUGGAAAUGGUUUACUUGCCACGAGGAAACCCGUACAGAUUCUCCGAACAGCAUUGCCAGCGAGCGAGAAUGAGAGGGUGGGAGAAUGUGGAAGCGGCCGGACCGUGGGCUCUGAGCUCUGUGGAAAGAUCGCCCUCUGGUGUUCAAGUGAUUGCACUACCGCACUGCACCUUACGUGCCUCCGUCCCAGACAAGGCGCAUUACGUUCUGUGACGCGACAAGAAAAAGAGCACCUUGUUUAGCUGUCCAUCAGACUCACUUUGGUGUUGAAUGAUCAUUUUUAACAGUAUUGUGUUCAAGUUAGAGGGACGUUUUGAGGAAUCGAUAUAUGUGCCAAACACUUGUUUUGUUUUGUUUUGUUUAAAAAAAAAAAACAUUUAUCAUGUGACAAUUUGCAAGUGUAGAUGCUAGAUGAGUGCUGUGAACAUAUUUGACACAAAUUCAGGUAAUGUAGUGAGCAUUUUGUUUUGUAAUGCUAAAUUCCACAUGAGUGCUGAAUGCUGAAUCAUUUAAUGUGAGAUAAAUUAUUUGAGUUUAUUGUGAGCAUUUAUGGGAUUUAGGGCUUUAGGCGUUGUUUUAAUUUAUGCUGAAAUAAUACUUAAUCAAAAACUAGCUGAACUCUUUUAAAGACUCAAAGUAGACCUAUAGGGUGCAUCCUUUUCACUCACUCAAAUAACACUCUUUUGAUAGCGUCCCUCUUACAUAUUUAAUUGAUAAGAAUUAAAAAAUUUUAUGGGUCACACUCAUUGUAGUUUGUGUGUCAUAAAAAUAUAAUUUGAAAAUUUCUUAUACAUUUUGUAAGAAAAGAAGUCUGAAAUGCAUGUUGCAUUCUUUGACCCUCCUAAAGAAGGUUUUUGCCGUGUGUCUCAUGGAGAAAACAUUUUUAAGUAGUAUCUCAGUGGGACUAUACUACUUGUUGCAUAUAGCUUGGUUUUUGACAAAAUAGAAACAUUCUUUCAUUUCUGGAGUAUUAACUAUAUUUCAGGAGUGGCCUAAAUUAGGCUGUGAAAACAACAAGCCUCAUUUGUAUAUAAGUAGCAAGUCAUAUAGCAAUGUUAUAAACCCUCUUACUUUGGACGUAUGGUAAUGUAAUUUUGCUGAGUAAAAAAUUGGGAGAAAUUGUAAAUUUUUUAAUUUGGCAAUCUGAGCAUAUCAAUACAGUACUAAACAUAUUUGAAUGAGUCAUUUCAAUUUGUUCAGCUCUCGAUGCUAUUUAAUUUAUUAGAAUUUGUAAUGACAUUUCUUAUAAAUGAAAAAAGUUCUAAGUAUAAGAGGUUUCGGCAAUAUGUAAUUUUAAAAAGUAUAGAAAGUGAAGGAAGCAGAACCUCGUUGAAUUUGUCUCCUACUGAGAUUUCUAAAUAUCUGAUAGUUAUAUAUGUGAUAAAUCAAUAGAAGAGACACUGCAAAGAAUAUGAGUUAAGGACAAUACAAAAUAUUGAUCUGUGACUUGAGCUUGCUAUUUUAUAACUUCAUUUUUGGUAAAAGCAGGUUUCUAUUAGGUUCCAUUCAGAUUUAAUAUCAUUGUUACCCUUGUCAUUUUUUUUCUCCACCAAAAAUCAGAAUAUGUUAACUACCUUAACAGUGAAGAGUGGGGAGGGUAAAGACAGUUUUUGGAGUUUACUAAUCCUGUUGCUUGAAAAUUUGUUCAGUAAGAUAAGUAACUAUUUCCUCUUUGAAAUAUUUAAAGUAAAUUUGAAAAUUAUCCUUUUUAUUAUGCACAGGCCUGAGAUUAUUUUUAUAUCUUUGUUAUAUGCCUAAUUUUUUCCCAAAUUAAAUUUAGGCAUUAGUUUUCCAAGCUAAUUUGAUUUAUCUUUCUCUUUUAGACUUGGGUUAUAUUCUUCCUUUAUUUUGACUAUUCUAUCAGUAAUUUUAAAGUGUUCGUAUUCUUUGAAAGGAAUUAUCAUUAGCAUGUGAAAAUUAUUUGAGAUUCACGAAAUGAAUGUUUAUUUUAAUAUAUGGUUAUUUUAUGAUUUAAGAAACUGUUGUGUUAGGGUAAUUGGAGUGUUUGGUUCAGAAUAUAGAAUUAACUAUAAAGUAAUGUGUGAAUGUAUGGACCAAAGAGAUUUAUACUCUUGUUUUUACUCUAGAAUGAAAGUAUAAUUGGAUGAUUAAUAGUUUGUAGAGUGUCCAUUAUCGAAUUGUUGUACAUUGUGAAGAGAGAGAGAGAGAGUGUGUGUGUGUUUUUGUGUGUGUGGACAUUUUUAGCAUUUGGGGGAGUUCUUGAUUGCGGGUUUUUUUUUCUGUUUGUAGUUAUUUCCGUUGGUGUUUUAUUUACUGUCAGUAUUGAUAUCUUGAAAUGCAGUUGAAUAGUGAACUUAUUAAUUUGACAUAUAGCUGUUUUGAUGCUAUUUUUUUAAGUUAGUGAUUUUCCUAAGAAAUGUUUAACUAUAUAUAUAUCAUAUACUUCCAUAUACGUGAAGAAAUGUUUAAUGAUAUGUACAUAUCAUUAUAUACAUCCAUAUGUAUAAAGCUGCUAUAUAAAUAGUAUAAUUGGAAAGCUAUUGUUCAGUGAACACUUUAAUGUUCUAGUGGGAAAUUUGAUAAAUUUGUUCGAUUUAAUGUUUUUUUUAAAUAGUCAAGAAUAUUUGAGAUUUUUUUAUUUGGGGAAUUUUUUCUUGGUUUAAUAGAGCUAGAAAUCUAUGAUAUGAUAGAAGUUGUUAUCGAUAUAUUUGGGUCACACCUUCUUAAAAUUUCUAUGUGAUUUUGCAGUGAAGUUUCUUUGUGAUAAGUGCAAAAAGGGUGGUAUCCUCUACAGUUAAUACUCCUUUAUUUAAAAAUAUUUGCUAAGGUACUGCUGAUAAUAAAAUCAGUUCCCAAGGAAUAAAUUGCUAUGCUCAAACUAAUUGUUACUUAAGAUACUAAUUGGAAAUUUUCUUAGGUCCUAGUUAGAGGACCUCAUGUAAAAGCUAUAAAAAGUGCUUAAAACAUUUUAAAUGUAGGAGGUAUAAGUUGUCUUCCAAGUGGAUGUGGAUGAUUUCAUUGAUUGCCUCGAAUAAAGUCCUCUGAGGAAGUUAUGUAUCUUAUUCAGUACUUGUAACUUAUCAUUCUUUUGUUAGGUCUUCCAAACAGUGUUAUAGUUUGUUACCCAAUGUACUUUCUAAGUAUUUGCAGUAUAUAUUUUUACAAACCGAUGUGCAAGGGUUUUAAAUACUUCAAGUGGAAAAUAAAGAAACAAGUUGUUUUUUAUAUCAUGUAUUUGUGAUAUAAAGUUGGGCAGUUUCAAAGUAAAGAAUGUUAAGGUGAGGAGACAACCUCUAAGAUGAGUGAGUGGUUGGGGCCACUAAGUUAAUAUGCUCCAACUAAUUUAGUUUUGCAUCCAAAAUAUACAAAUAUUUUGGAUGAAUCUGCUAUUAUAAAGUGUUGUAUCAAGUACUUUGUGUACUAAGUACAAAGGUGGCUAGGUUGAACUGUUUGUUGCUCACAAAGUCCCCAAGAGCUAGCAAAAUGGUUUUAAAUAAGAAGUUUGUAAUAAUAUUUUGUUUCUAGUUGAAAGUUCAAGUCCUUUUCCUCUCCCAGAUUCUUCUUUCUUCUUUCCAAAUUUUACACCAAAUGGUACUUCUAUAUUGCUCUGAAAUACAUAUAUCAGACCUUUUAACUUGUCCACAUUUUUUUUUUCUUUUUGGGGCCACACCCGGCUAUGCACAGGCAUUACUCCUGGCUCAUGCACUCAGGAAUUACUCCUGGCAGUGCUCGGGGGACCAUAUGGGAUGCUGGGAAUCGAACCCAGGUUGGCCACGUGCAAGGUAAACGCCCUAUCCACUGAGCUAUUGCUCCAGCCCACCCACCCACCCCCCCUUUUUUUUUUUUUUUUUUAGGAAUGGAAAAGGCAGUAUAGGCAGUAUAUCUUGACAGUAAGUGAUUAAUGGGUAGGCAUUCGGAUUUUCUAAAUUUUGCUUUUCUAUAUCAAUACAGGCGUUAGAAUUGAAUACAUGAUUUUAAAAAAUAUAUUUGCUUUUCAUUUAAUUUUCCAAAUAUUAAGAAGGAAACUAAAGAAUUUGUAUUGUAAUUUAGUUUCCGUUAUAUUUUCCUUUAUAAUUUUCUCCACCUCUUUCUUUUUAAAACCAGCGUGUAUUUGUCAAAGAGUGUUUGUGGGAGCUGGUGAUGGUGGAUAAGAGCAGGAAAAGCAGGACGGGAUUGUGUUGACCACUGGUUAAAAUAGAAAAAUGGUAGGUGAAACUGUAUUUGUUUCUUUACCCCUGUUUUGCUUUCUUUGGCCUCAUUAAGCUGAUGCCCAUUAAAUUUCUGCUAUGUCACCUAAUAAGGUUUUAGAGAUGAAAACGCCAUCUUCUCUGCAUAUUUACCUCUCUUUCUCCCCUUGGGUAUUUUGGCUUUGAAGUAUAAUCCCAAUUUGAUAGGAGAAAAAUAUGAGGCCAUAGUGUCUCCCAGUUCCUUGCUUCUGUGGAUGGAAGGUGGUUAAUUAGUAGUUGUUCAGUAUUGUUUUUUGUUUUUAAUUUAAAAAGAAUUUUUAAAUUUUUAAAUUCGUAUUUUAAAUUCAUACCGAUUCUAUAAUUGCAGAAGUAUAGAUGUCAAAGGGUAUUUUUGGAAAUAUUUUCAACUAUUUUCCUCUUGGUACUGCACUCUUUUCCCUCAGAAAGUCUUCAUCAGAAUCUCUGCAGAACCAUUAUUUGUUUUUAAGAUAUGAGAAAUGUGGGAAAUAAUUAAGAAAUUUUAGUAAAAUUAACUUGCAGAAAAAGACUGGCAGCACUUGAUAGAUAGCUGGGAAACUGCUAUUUUAAUAAUCAGAGAUGAGAAUCUCAGUGCUUAGAACUGAUGAUAUCAAAUUGUCUCAAGUUAUUUUAACUUCAGUUUCAAUAAAAGUUUUCACUUUUUGUUUUGUUUUGUUUGGGACCACACCUGGUGGUGUUUAGGGGCUACUCCUAGGAUUAUACCCAGGUUUCUUGCAUGUAAAGCAUGUGCUUCAGCCUGUUGAGCUAUCCUCUGAUCCCUAAAUAAGAAAAAAUAAAUGGCUGUAUUUUGUAGCAGAAGGAAGUUUAAAAACAGGAAGAAAAGUUGGAGGGGUAACACACAAAAGUAAAAAACAAAAGUUUUUGUGGAGAUUGCUGAAUUAACUAAAAAUGUAACUGAAAUUGGAAAAUAAUGCAUUUUAUAUAAAGUAUUUUCAGUAAAUGUGGAGAUGUAUCGAUAUUUUAUUAAAUUUGGGGAAAUCAAAUUUCUGACUAUGAACUUUGUUGGUCAUCUUUGUUGAACUAACAUUUCAUCCCAUUCUUGAUUUUAAGAACUAAUUCAGUUUCUUAAAAGUCUCCAACUGCCUUCCAUAUAAAUGUCAUGUUGUUAUGGUUUAAACAUGUACAGAUUGUUGAUAGAAUUAGAAAUGUUGGUUUAGAAGAGAUGUUCUUAACACCUAGUGGUUAUGCAGCUGUAAUGUUAUUAAAAAUAAAUGCUAUAGGUAAAUCAAGAAAGCAUGAAUCUCACAUAAUUUUUAGAUUAGAUAUAACACAUAUAUCUCCCCUUGAUGGGUAAUAACCUGAUUAUACAUUUUUUGGGGAAAUGUAUUUAGUUAUGUGUCUGAAACUGGAAAGUAGUGUAUCAUAAAUAUAUAUGGAGAGGAACUACAGUGCAUAAUAAACACAGCUAUACCUUUUUCCUCUUUUAAAUUCUAUAUAUUGGUAAUUUUUUAAAAAAUCACUUUUUUUCAGAGCCCUGUAUAAAUGAUAAUUGUUGAAAGUGCUACUAAUAACAAAAUGUUUGCUUUAAAUUAAAAUAUGUGACAUCACUAAAUGUCUUUAGGAAGUAACAUUUUAGUUUUCUUCAAAGGAAGCACUUGUUUGAAUAAUUUUUUAAAAACUUGCUUUCAAUACUGGAUGAAUGAAUUGAUAUUGUAAAUGUUGACAUUUGUGAUAUCAGAAGAAUUCACAAUGGAAGAAUUUCCUAAAAUUUUGGCCCUCUUCCCAACACACACGCACGCACGCACGCACGCACGCACACAGCAGAGGUGAGUUUAAUACAUUUGAAUGAAUAAUAUGAAAUUCCCCAGUAUUGUUUUCCUCAUAUAACUUGGGUAAAAUUCAUAAGAUUCUACCAUAAAGUAUUAACUCCUCAUUCAAGAAUGAGGGAAAUGAACUUAUCUUAAAUUUACUAAAAUGCCUUUACUUAAAUACCAAAAUAGAGUUUACCUGAUUGGUAUAAAAAGGACUAACUUUCAAAUUGUAUUAACCCUUAGACCACUGACGAAUCAUUUAGUAAACCACAGUACAGUUUUUAAAAGCUAAAUGAUGCCUUAGUGCCUUGGAAGUUUUAAGAUACUUUUGCAAAGUGAAUUUAGCAAGAUUCAUGAUUGGAAAAUUAGAGUUUAGGAAUGGUGCAAAGGAAUUAAUGGUCUAAUAAAAAAAUCUAUAAUUUCACCUGACUAUGACAGAUAACAACUUUCAAUAUAUUUUCAUGAUUUCUUGUGUAUUUUUUUCCUUUUCCAAACAGGUAUAAAAUGUGACAUAUUUUAGUCAAGACAAUUACAUGUGGGAUUUUCAAGUUUAGUUUUUUGUAAUCUAUAAAUUCUAGUGUGAGCAGCAUAAGUUUUAUAUUGUAGUACAAGGCAGACACUUUAUUUAACAUUUAGGACUAUGUUUACCAUCAGGGAUUAUUUUUACUUUAGGAAUAAUGUACUGUGAAGCUUAAAGACAGGAAGAAUAAAUGUUGAAGGAAUAACGCACAAAAACAAAGGCAUAAAUGAUGAAGUACCCUGCAUUAUGUGAACAGUUUUCCCCCCUUUGUUAAGACUGUAAACUACACUGUAUGAGUAUGUGUACUGCAUGUUUACAUAAUACAGUUUAAUUUUGAAGGAUUAUUUAUGUUUAUGUAUAAUACCUAACAAUAUGUAAAUAUUGUAUACUAUUGAUUUUUAAUUUUAUAUAAGCAAUUUUUUAUUUCCUAACUCAUGUACAAAUAUUAUUGUGUAUAUAGCAUAAUUUCCCGGAGAACACAAAUUUUGCAGUGAAUUUUAAUUUAAUGUGAUUAGCAUCGGGUUACUCUUAGAAAUGUUGCUCUUUAUUUUAAAUUAUCUUCACUCCUUUUAGUCAAAGGGCAGCAAUAAAUAGUGCAAGUUAUUUUUGAUUAUAGAAACUUGUUCUACCAAAACAGGAUCUGGUUUCACAUCGUUGCUUUAAGGAAAAGAUGCACAAUUAAUACCAUCUACUGUCUAGUCACAGGACCAUUUCUGAGGUCCAUGUGUGUCUCUCCUCUUUGUAAUAUACAGGGUGAACUCUUUACUGAUACACAAACACAAUUGUUAAAAAAGAACCCAGCACUUAAAUCUCAUUACACAGAAUUUAUUAGAUUAAAAUUUGUAAUAUACGAUAUUUUAAUAAAGUUUCUGUAUUUAAUUUCAUGCACUUAUAUAUAAAUAAACCUGUCUUUAAAAGCU